AUGACGCGGGAAGCGAAGUUAUUCAAAUAUGCUGAACGCGGAUCUGUGCGCAAAGUUCUGAAGUGUUUGGAUCGCAAACACGCAAGCUAUCGUAUUGACGAUCAAGACCGGGAUGGCUACACCUGCUUGCACUAUGCCGCUCGGUGGGGCCAUUCAGAUCUUGCCCGGGCGCUGCUUAAGCGCAAAGCGAAUCCCAAUAUACAGACAGACGAUGACAAGGAUACCCCUCUGCAUAUGGCGCUUGUCUAUCACCAUAAUUCGGUCGCAGAGCUCUUAGUAUGUAAUAGGAGCGUACAUACAGACCUGCCCAAUACAAACGGAACGGUGUGUGAUGCACUGCUUGGUCCAGAGCUAUCAUAUCUCAAGCGAUCGCGCAGUACUGCGAACGGUGCUACAGUCGGACAAACACGCCAAUAUGUAAAAUCAAAUAGACCUGAUAAGAGACGUAGAUCUGUCGACAGUAGCACAGAAGGCGUUGGGGAAAGUUCACGCGAAGGUGGCAGCCACAAAGAGCUGCAUAGCGUAUCCCGACUGGACACCAGACAUGGGAGGAGAAGCAAACGUAGAGUGAGUGAUUCGCGGUCUGAGCACGAUGAGUCGGCUUACCAUAAGGGACCUACGAGUAAUAUUGACAGCGACCGUUCCGGUAGUGUAGGCAGAUCUCGAUCUCGAAGAUCCAAACACCCCGCACCACUACGGGCACGCGCACAAGGAGGUACAAGACCUACUAGCAAUCCACCAUUAGAUUCGUCACGGGAUAAGUCAUCACCGAACACUUCACCUGUGAUCUAUUCAGCAUACAACUCGCCUCCAGCGGCUUGCUUGGAUACAAACGACAAGCGGCGACACAGUGCGCAGUCAUGUGGACAAUACAGUUCAGACACAACCCGUGAACGAGACUCUGAGUGGACUCAACAGGACUGGGAGGAGGACUUGAAAGAGACUGAGGCACGCCGUUUUGCCGAGGACAAACGCCGGUUAGACGAGGAGAGGUAUUACGAAGCCUUAGAACGCGAGUUCAAAGACGACGAUUAUGUGGGGAGACUGGACAAGUCGCCGACAGAGGUAGCGCAACAGAGGAACAGGCAGGACUGGCAUGAGAAGUUGAUGUUCGAGAUGGGGCAUGAUUAUAAUGCUGAACCCGGUUUUCGUGGAAUGGAUGCGUAUGAGGAGGGUUAUACGGGGUCAGCGGGAACGCACGCGGAAACAGGCGCGGAUGAUUGGAUGGAGGCAAUCAUAGAAGAGAGACGCCAGAAAAUGCAGCGUGUGCGGGACGCGGAACAGCGCGAGAAAGCCAGAUUUGCUAAUCGGAAGCGUGGUGCUGGUAUUGGACAUGCCAAUAGUGGUGAGGAUGAGUCCGUACACGACGGUGGAGGUGUGGACGAUAGAGAGCGUGAAAGUAAGCGUAGACGCGAAGAAUCGGACCGGAUCAUCCGUGAACAGGAGGCAGAGACAUUAAAGAAACGUCAAGGAAUGUGCGCGGAGCUCAGAUUGGACUACGAGCGCAGGUGGAAUGAGUUUGUUAAUAGGAAUAGCGUGACAGUCUCAGUCAGAGUACAACACUCUUUGGCCACGGACACUACGCCUGACGUCCCAGCGACAGAUGCUCAUGUCGGUGCGCGAAAGGCAAAUGUAGGUGCAAAACAGAAUGCUUCCGAAGCUGAAACGAAGUUGCUCACCUACGACAGCAUUCCCUGGCCUUAUGUUGAUCCUAUAGACACGCCUCUCGAGAUGACAAAGCGGAAACAGAAAUCUGCUCGUGCACCUCAAGCGUCACCUGCGAUGCAAAACGAAAAGCUGAUGGAGAUGGAAAAGGCUAUACUUGUGAUGGGUGUGAGUAAGAUUGAGGGAGCGGAAAAGCACAAGUCUCGUAUCAGGUUGGAACAGCGACGGUGGCAUCCGGACAAAUGGCCAGAGGCACUGCUGAAUCUAGCUGAUAGGGACAGGGUGCUACAACGUGUGAAACAAAUUGCUCAGAUGUUGAAUUCCGAGGCGUGA